UACCCAUCAUACCCCGGCGGUCUUCUUCCUCAUUCAACCUCUUCGGCUGGUUCUCAGGUACCACUUUCCACCUUCUGUUUCGAGCAUCAGUCAAUCGGGUUCGGGGAUGCCUGGCGUGGCGAUAACCAUGGACGUCUGGUCCUCCGGCCAUGGAUCUCUACACCCCCAAGCCGCCAUGAACUCAAUUUCGACAUCAUCAAUUCCUCCCGGUCUGGACCCUGACCCUCUGCAGUUAUCAGCCACGAGUCCGGCCAUAUGCCAGGCAGCAUACCCGGGAACGCUGUCACUCCACAACUAUCGCAAACAACUCUCCGACGCCGAUCCCUUCAUCCUCGAGAGCCAGGAGGGAAAGAUUCUGAGACGAAAGAACGCUGCAUUGCAUCUCAACCAAAACCCAAUGUAUCCGCUUCACUCCGCUCAUCCCUUCUCGGUGUCUUCGAUGGCAUCGAGCCCUCCCCCGCUCUCGCCAUCGUACUCUCCAAGCGCUAUGAGUGAGCAGGGCCCAGAGAGUCUUCAUGGAUUUGUUUUGUCUCCGAAUGUAGAAAUGCAUUCCUUGGACAGUCCGAUAUACUCCAAACAAAACCCACACAGACUAUUAGACACAUUUCGUGAUCGAUUGGAGAAAUACCCAGAUUCGAACCCCGACCAGGAUGGCUCUCUCCAUAGGCACACCAGAACCCGCUCAGAUUCCAUGCUGUUGAACAUGAAGAAACGAACUGCAACCGUGAUCGACCAUGGCACUUCGUUUGAGAUUAUCAACCCGCAUGAAUCGCUCAACUUCGCUCGAAUAGUCUCAUUCAUCGAGGAUGUCGACACCUAUUCAUCCCGAGGCUCGACCGGCAAUCACCGAGAAUCUUAUAUAGAAAUGGCCAAUGAUGCACUUGUCAUCCCGGAAUACGAACAUCGGCAGAGCCUUGCACCGAUAGACCCAGCUCCGGAGCAAGACGAAAAGCAAGUCCACGACGAGCUUGUCGGCGAUGCUCCGCACCAGCCUAUGCCAUCCAUCUCAGAGCGCCUCGAAACCAACGACUCUGACGACAUGGAAUCAAGAUACUCGCGGUCCCCACGGCACACCAAACACCGGCCACCGCCCCUGCGACCAAGAGCCUGGACCGACGAGAGCGACCUGGGGGAACCCGGUUCACCUAUCUGCGAUGACGCGGUUUAUCCAUCACCCAUGUCAUUCCAACGUCCAUCCACAUCCCCCUUCCCGAUCGAACACCAACCAUCACCCGUUCCACACCCAGCAGCAUACUAUGAUAUGAAUCUUUGGCAAGGAGCCUCCCGCUUCCAAGACGGACAUGGCCUGCCUCAUCCUCUGUACUCGAACCCACCAUCGCCCUACGCAAGUCCACUGUCAUUCCCCGCACAACAUGAGGCCCCCAAACUCCACAUCCAUCACAACAUCUCCAAGCGAUCUCUCGAGAAUCGCAAGAAAAACAACAAGGCGAAAGCCGGUCCACUGAACCCUUUCAAGCGAUUAUACAGCCUGUUUCGGAAGAAACGGCGAUAAUCGUUCCAAUCACGCACCCACCAAUCUUCGCUCCUUACCUUCGGCCCCUCACCGCUUCUUCCUUUCUUUUCUCUACUAGCCAUUGGCACUCUCCCUUCUACACCCCACUAUCCCACUUU